AUGGUUCAACGACACACUCGUUGUAGUACAAGUUAUUGUCUUAGAAAGAAGUCAAAUGAAACAGAGUUGAAAUGUAGAUUUCAUUUCCCUUUUGAUAUUUGUCCUAAGACAAAAUUAGAAUUUGAAAAAAUUCAUACUUCAGGUGAUAAUGAGCAUUAUCGAGCUAAGAUUGUGACUAAACGAAAUGACUCUAGGUUAAAUAACCAUCAACAACUUCAGCUCCAAGGAUGGAGAGCUAACUGUGAUAUUCAAGUUGUUAUUGAUCACUAUGCUUGUGUUGAAUAUCUCACAAAAUAUGCAGCUAAAGGUGAGCCAAGAUCACCUAUAUUGAAACAGGCAUUCAAUUCUAUUGUGCAAAAUGUCGAUAGUAAUAGUGACCCUCGUAGAGUUAUUAAGAAGGUAGUUAUGAAAUCUCUUGGUGAAAGAGAUUAUGCAGCUCAAGAGACAAUGCAUCAUUUGUUGUCUUUAAAGCUUCACAGCUCAUCCUUUAAAGUGAUGCCAGUUAGUCUAAAUGGUUCACGUAGAGUGCGUGAUACUGCAAGUAUUGAUGAGGGUGAAUCGUGCACUGAUUAUUCACUUCUUGAUGUGUAUGCUAAUCGUGAACAAUAUGAGAGUUCACAAAAUAUAACAAAUAUGAACUUUGUUCAAUUUGCUACAACAUACAAAGUUGUUAACAAUGAACUGACAAAAUUGCCAGAGAAUGUUAUACCGCGAAUAUUUCCAACAUAUUCUCCUAAUCCCAAAGGUCCAAAUUUUGGCCUAUAUUGUAAAUAUCAACUUUUGAGGUAUAAACCCUGGAGAACAACCCAAAAUAAUGCAUGGGGUGACCAAGAACCAACUGACGAGGUUCUGAUCAAUUGUUGGCAUGACUUUUUACAAACACCUUAUGGGCAGUCUAAUGUCCCAGACUGGUUUGAUAAAUUACAAGCUGUCAUUCAAAGUCAAGAACCAGAAGAUGAACCUUCUGAAGAACAGGAGACAACUCGAGAAGA